CAAGGACGUCCUGACUCUUGAUUACCCAGAUGAUGAAUUCACUACCCCGGCAAAGGUUUCGUUAUCUUCUCAAUGUACGCAUAUUAUAGGAUUACGAAUUAGGCGAGUAUGAUUCUCGCUGGGUCGGACCAUUUUCUUGCGGAGACUCUUCUCACACACAUGCACUUGUCUUUAACUUGUGUCACAUAUGACUCUACUGCCACCGACACAUACGUCACGUCACUAAAUUGCAGUACCUGUGGAGGCAGCGGCGUUUGUUGGUGCCAUCGCCGGAUUUGGUGCUCUCCUUCUCGUCCUGUUCCUCUAUUUGUCGAGGAAAUGGUGUUUUACAUCAUCGGCAUCUUCUGCUUAUUUCGGUGGUAUGUGCGUACCACUCUGCCAAUCAAAUAAUAGUUCAUCUACUCAGCUGGGAAGAUGCAUAGGAAAAACGUUCUCCCAAUCGGAUCUGGAGACCAGUUCUGACUCUGAGGAAGAUGCACUACGCCGAUUGAAUUCUGGGUCACAUCUUCUACCGGAUAGUCUUACUAUUCAAACAGAUGAGCCGGCUAUCACAGAUGCAGGUACGGGGUCUAGCGGCAGCUGCCCUGAGGAACAAUCUCAGGAUCAACGACAGGUACGCGAGAUACGUGAGUGUGUAGUAGAAGUGGGAACGCCAAAUGUCGUUGAGACUGAAGAAAUUGCUAGAGACGGAGCAAAGGACGAGAAAGUGGUGCGACGAAGAAGUUCUCGCGAUCAGGAUGAACUUCCUCUGAUUGAAAUUCCAACCGAUGAGGUCAAUAGUUUAGAAGUGGCGUUUAUGUACGAUGCGCCAAUGCGUGAAAUGACGAUCCACGUAUUGCAGGGACGAAAUUACCCAAGCGGUAUCGGUGGUAGUCAGGUUCGUCUGGUUCUGCUCCCGACGAAAAAGCAGCGACGCAAAACUCGGGUCCGUCAAGGAACGAGCCCUCAGUACAUGGAGAGUUUCUUGUUGCAUCGUGUAAAUCCCGAGGAUGUGAAUGGGAUGGGUGCUAGGCUAAGGGUUUACUGGUGGAGUGGACGAAUGCGCAGAGAGAGGUUGUUGGGUGAGGCGAGAGUAUCUUUUGAUCAGAUAAACUUACAGCUGGAAACCACGCUAUGGCUACCACUUCAGUGCCUACCUCGAUCUCUGUCAACGGCUCAAGAUUGGGGAACAAGCGGCAGUUUAACCCGCAGCGAUUCAACAGGUUCCCAACAAUCGGUCCGUUCCUACGCGUCUCCACCUCCGGUACCGCUCUGCGGCACCGGGAUGCGUGGCGGAAGCAUAGCGGAGAUCCUAAUCGGUCUGGCUUACAACGGCACCACAGGCCGAUUAUCUGUGGAAAUUAUCAAGGGAUCUCACUUUCGGGGUGGCGGUGGAAAUGAUACCAGGCCUCCUGAUACUUAUGUCAAGCUGGCUCUGGUCGACAGCAACGCUCGCGAAAUGGGCCGAUCGAAAACCGGUCUGAAACGAGCGCAGCCUAAUCCGCUUUACAAGGAAACGUUUGUAUUUCAGGUUGCCCUGUUCCAACUGGCUGAGGUCACUUUAUUCCUGUCCGUCUACAACCGUCGAAGAGGUGGUAUGGGUCGAAAGGGACGUGAGAUGAUCGGCUGGCUAUGCUUGGGACUGAACAGUUCGGGUCCAGAAGAAUUGCAGCACUGGAACGAUAUGCGAAUUGUUCGUCAGCCGGCUUACAACGCACAGGUGCAACGAUGGCACGCUUUGUUGCGACCCUAAGGAAACGGAGAGUUUGAGAGAGUUUACGUUUUCUUCUCCAUUUGGUUGUUACCACGGUAAAUCGAAUAAUGUUUAUACCAUUCUUGACGUACGCUUACACCCAGCAGUUCGUAAUGCUCGGGAAAAUCGCAUUUCAAACUCUUGCUAGUCACUGGCAAAAAUACACCGACAACAACAGUGUAGGCUCGUGUGCUUCUAUUCGUCAAUUGCCUCCUAGUCACACUCGGGUAGUAUUUUAUAAUUCAUUAUUCAUUAUUCACUAUUCGCUAGUUAGUAAUCACUACUCGUCACCACCAUUCACAUUUUACGAUUCACCUUGAGCAAUCUCAAUAUUAUACAUUAUAGAGUACGGUAUAUGAUACGUGUUAUACAUUUAUAUCAAAUUGUUUUGUACCAGUGAAAUUACACAAAAUUUAUACCCACGUCCGCAUACGCCUGUUCGCUCUCAGACAACUUGUUGUUAAUAAUUGUCACACAGGUACGUCAAAGUCGCGUGUAUUCUGCCAAGCCUGGCAUCGGAAAAUCUUAUUAUGGAAUCAUAUAGCAUUGAUUCUAUCCGAAUUCUAAAUCGGGGCAAAUAUCGAUCUCAUUUCUAGUAUUUCAAAGGAUCAAGCACUUCUUCUACCUGUGUUGCUAUAUAUCAUUCUCGAGAUAUAAGCAUUUACAUACGUAUGUAUGUAUGACAACUGACCCGAGUACACCGGCCAGGCUAGGUACAAUCAAUAAUAAUCGGUAGUAAUAAUGAGCGAUGAAUAACAAUACCUAUUAAUGAAUGCUAAAUAAUUAAUAAUCAAUGAAACUUAAUUAAUCGUCUACUGCACAAAAUGAACUACCACCCGUACCUUGAAUCAUUUUUCUUAUAUUAGAAGACAGUGAACAUCAAUUCAUUGUUGAAAUCGGGUUUUAUAAAAGUUUACUCCAGAAUAUAAUAAAUACAAAGUGGUGAUGAGAAGAUUGACAAUUGUUGAUAAUUCCCUAAUCUAGUCAUGAUAGAUAUGAAUAAAAAAAUGUUAAAUUACAUAUUUCUCAAGUAA